GAGAAACUGAAAGCGGCGGAGCGGAGGAGGAGAACCCAGAAGAGGGUCGCUGGCUGGGGAACCCGGUUGCCUUCCUAGCCCAACCUCCUAGUACAGAGGAGCCUCGGUUUCCCACGCAGUGUUUUGUUUUGUCGAAGGCUUCCGGGCAGGAAUUAACUGGCUGUUGUGGGUUUUUCGGGACACCAGACCACGGCCGCACAGUCCGGAAAUCCACCCACCCCCACAGCCGCCAGUUUUCCCCGCAGGUUGAAAACGGCAGCAGGAAAAGUUUGCCUCGCCUGCCGGGCGGGAAUCCGAUGCCUGUAACAGCAAGGAAUUUCCUGCCAUGUUUCAGUGGCUGUUUUUGCUGGACUCGCCGGUGAAUGCCGGAUCAGUGGGACCAAGGGGGCGCCAGAAGAGAGCCUGCAGCGCAACGAAGGGCCAUUGGGAUUUGAUGCCGAGCAGACACGCCCGAGAUUGAACGGCAGGGCGGCUGAAGGCGUGUCGUGUUUCCUUGCAGACGCUCACGCUUGGAAGGAAAGCAGCCCAGAACAAAGAGCUUGACGCGCGCGGUGGGAACAAGCCGCCUCUCCCGCCCAGCCGUCGGUGGUGGCAGGCGACACCCCACGUGCGCCUCAGGUGGCCACGGUUGCCAUUGGCUUGUCUGCGGGCUCAAGGUGCGAGAGAAGAGCCUCUGCCGCUGGUGACUUAUCGGAACCUGGAGUGCUGUUAUUGAGUGGCUGACGGAAGGCAGCGCGGGGUUUGAAUGUCGGAGGGAGGACUUGUAGAGCGCCACAGGUGAGUGUCCAUGGCCUCUGAAGACCUUGCUGGCCACUUGCUGAAUCCAUUCACUCGCCAAAAUUCUACCAGUGCUGUUUCUCUGGACUUUGAGCCUGAAGUUGACUAUAAGUUUGUAGAAAGCUUAGAGGAACGAUAUAAGUGUGCCCACUGCCAUCUAGUCCUUCAUAAUCCACACCAGACAGGAUGUGGACACAGGUUUUGCCAGCAUUGCAUUACCUCUUUGAAAGAAUUGAACACAGCGCCUACCUGUCCUGUAGACAAAGAAAUAAUAAAGCUUGAAGAGGUCUUUAAAGACAAUUGCUGUAAACGGGAAGUACUCAAUUUGCAAGUAUUUUGCAGAAAUUUGCCAGCCUGCAAUGCAAAAACGUCUCUAGGUCGAUACCAGGAUCACCUGCAGCAAUGUUUGUUUGAAAGUGUACAGUGUAUCAACGAAGGAUGUUGUGAAAAAAUUCUUCAGAAGGAUUUGAAAGAACACCUAGAUUUGCUUUGCAGCUAUCGAAAGGAACUUUGCCAGUAUUGUAAUCAACCUAUAAUUUUAAUUAGUUCACAGGUCCAUGAGAAAACUGAUUGUCCUUAUUAUCCUUUAAUUUGUCCCCAUGGCUGCAAGCAGAUAAUUCUAACAAAAGAGGUAGAAAGUCACAUCUUAGUAUGUCCUGAGGUGGAAAUUGAUUGUCCAUUUAAACUGUAUGGCUGUCCAGCAAAGAUUAAAAGAGGAAUGCUUUCAGAACAUGAGAAUAUUUCUUUGAGAGAACACAUGCUACAGAUCUUGGACAAAAACUCAAAGCUGGAAGAUCAGAUCUCUGACCUUUGUAAGAACCUAGAACAUAAUGAGCAAAAAAUCCAGCAACUAGCUGACACAGUUAAAAAGUGUGAGAAAGAAUUCAGGCAGUUCACACAGUUGUAUGGUAAAAAUAACCACUUGAUGGCAAGCACUCAGUCUCUGGCUGUUCACGUUGAUAAAUCUGCCUGCCUGGAAACACAAGUGAGGCAGCUGAUACAAAUGGCAAACCAACAACAGAGUAAAUUUGACCUGAAACAACUGCUGGAGACCAUUGAAACCAUAAAGCAAAAAGUUGCUUUCCUGGAGUCAUUUGAGCAACGUUUAGUUUUUCUUGAAGACUUGUCCAACCACCAUGAUGUCCACCUUGCUAAGCACAGGGCACAACUUAACAAAAAUGAGGAACGGUUUAAGCUUUUGGAAGAGACAAGUUACAAUGGGAAACUGAUUUGGAAAAUUGUGGACUACAAAAUAAAGAAACGAGAGGCUGUGGAAGGCCACACUGUCUCUAUAUUCAGCCAGCCUUUUCAUACCAGCCGCUGUGGGUAUAGAUUAUGUGCCAGAGCAUAUCUGAAUGGUGAUGGUUCGGGAAAGGGAACACAUGUUUCCCUGUACUUUGUAGUGAUGAGAGGGGACUUUGACUCACUGUUACCCUGGCCUUUCAAGCAAAAGGUUACGCUUAUGCUUUUGGAUCAAAGUGGGAAGAAAAAUCACAUUGUUGAAACCUUUAAGGCUCUCCCCAACAGCAACAGCUUCAAAAGGCCAGAAGGAGAGAUGAACAUUGCCUCUGGGUGCCCUCGGUUUGUGGCACACAAUGUGCUGGAAAAUUCAAAGAAUGCUUACAUCAAAGAUGAUAUCUUCUUCCUAAAAGUUGUGGUGGAUUUAACUGACUUUGAAGAAUUAUGAAAUUCACCUCAAAAGAACAACCUGAAAAUUCAAGCAUGUAAUGUAGUGUUCACUGGAUGGUUUCAGUUACACAGAAAAGCUGCUUAGCCCGCUGACCAAUUUUUAACAUUUUGGUAGCUCAGUAACUACUUUUUGUACUUUUUCAGAACUGUAUUAAGUCUAAGUCUAUGGAGAUGGAUUUUAAGCAUGUAGCAAAGCUCUCAGUAUUAGCUUCUUGAGAAGGGAAAUCUUGUGAGUAUAUUCUUUCUGUGCGCAAUAUAUAGUCUGAUCCCCCAAAGUUUUAGUUAGCUUUUUAAUGCCCAGUAUGGGGUAGACAUGAAUAUUAUAGAAUUUGACUUCCACAGCUGAUCUCCAGCUAUGGAAUGAAUUUGUGUAUUCAUCCUCUCCUAAGGGAGGUAAUUAUUGAUCAGCUUGUUGAUUUGCAAGUGUAUUAGUCUGCUGGUUUUUCUAUUGCACAGUAUAAGCAGGAGACCAGCUCUUUAGAAGCUGAUUCAGACUUAAUCCUAUGUAGAAUACACAAAUGCUUCAGAAUCUGAACAAUAGUUACUGCCUUGUUUGGUCCUCAGCAGUAUCAGUAAUAAGCUUCUGUAGAUCUAUUUUACUUCCUGUAUCAGGCCCGCUGAAAAUCUACUGUGGACUUGGACUAUCUACAUACUCCUUUGUGAUCUGCAGAUCAGGAUGACUUCAUCGGGCUGCCCCGUUUAAUUUGAGUUCCAGGGCAAUAACUCAGAUGGAUACCACCAUUCAUAGAUGAAUUCUAGUACUCAACACAGAAACAUUUUACAACAUUUUACCAUUAUUUCUACUUGAAUGGGUUGUCUUCAAUGUUUUCCUACAAAGCGAGAGUCUAGUUCUAUACACACUGGGAAUUACUAACCUAUAUGGAUUUUUCAGGAGAAAUCAGGCAUUACAUCUAAUACAAACGAUGAAGAAAAUGAUUGUUUUGUAGUAGGGGAAGGUUUGACAAAUGGUAAAAAAACCAAAACCCUGAGAUCCUGGAAAAGAGCUUCUGGGAAUUUAUAUUGCUUAAUAAUGCUUUGUGACAUUUCCUUCAUCACCAGAAUGUUUGUGAGGAUUUAUUAUGUUGAUGCAAUGGACCAUUUUUACUAGGGUAGACUGUUAUUUUCACAUUUCUUUUAUGUGAUAUAUUUUUGUAUCAACUUAGAAAGCAUGAUCAUUUUUCCCUAGACUGAACUGCCAUCUGCACUGAUUAUUUUAGAGUAAAUAAAUAGUUAUGUGUUGAGGCAUGUUAGAGAAAAAAGAAAACAUUGAAGUAUUUCAAUCAAUCCAAAGACAGUCAGGCCCCUUCCGCACACGCAAAAUAAUGCGUUUUCAAACUACUUUCACAACUGUUUGCAAAUGGAUUUUGCCAUUCCGCACAGCUUCAAAGAGCACUGAAAGCAGUUUGAAAGUGCAUUAUUCUGCGUGUGCGGAAUGAGCCUCAGUCUCUGAGAGCUUGAGAAAAGGAAGAGAGUAUGCUGUGUGUCAUCCUCUGUCUCAGUACUUCAGUAGUCCUUACUUCCAUCCCUUUUUUCUGACUGUAGUAGCAAGUUUCACAAGAGUCAGGAGAAAGUAGUGGGCAAGGAGGCUAUUGAAGCACAGAAAUGAUAGCUGUAGUUCCACAUUCCCAAUUAGCUCCAACAACUAAGAAUGUAAUUCAAAGGCGGGGGAGGCUGAAGCUGCACUGGAAGUGGUGGGAGCCUACGCCGAUGUCCGUGCCCAUUGCCCAUGAUAUAGGCCACUUACCUUGGCAGAGCCAGUGUACUUUCAGGCUGGGAGCACCCUUUCCCAGUGGCGCAGGCCUAUAUCAUCGAAAAGUGUGGCAUAAGUCACUCUGGGCAGUGGGCUUUCCCAGGGGACUAAAGGUUUUCAUAUACAAAAAAAAAAAAAAAAUGGGGGGGAGCCAAACCCAAUCUGGACAACAAGCUAGGAACAAAAAAGGUUGAGAUGUCUAAAAAUUGUCCCUUAGUAAGUAUGCAACAUAUAUUUUCAUUAUACUAUUCUAUAUCCUUAGCAAUAAAACACUACAUUACAAUCUCAUCAAAAAUAUACAUUCAUAUCUAAGAACAUAUAUAAUACUAUAAAAUCAUAAAAUAUAUUACAACCAUGAAGCCUUAAUUUUAAUAAUCAAAUGCUCAGUCUUUCAGGAUGUAACACAUAAAAUAUAUUAAAAGGCCUGAUAUGUUUCAAUUCAAUUGGAUCUUCUUCAGAGGUCGUUGAAACAACCCACACAUACAUAGAAAUACUCACAAUCCAUACAAACUUAUUUACAGCCCAUAUGAGUUAUAUAGGUCAAAGAAAUAAUAAAUGGUGUUCCCACAGGUGUCUAUGGUAUAUAUUGUGAAUCUUACAUAUAAAAUUUUAAGACAAAAUAAUUUUAAGACAAAAUAACAGCAAAUGAUGUUCCCAUAGCUGCCUCCUCGACAUAUUCUUGACCACACAUAGUUGAUUUUAGUACGAUCCAGGACAGGUCGUCUGCCAAGUGGUGUUCUGUGAAAAAUUUACCUGGGGAAUAGAAACCUGUAAGAUUAAUACUGUAAACCAUAGAUACCUAUUUUUGUUGAAAGUUUCAUGUAUAGUGUUUCAUUGCUUAGAAUAUAGGACAUUGCAAUAAAAUUUUUUGAUACGUAUUAAGAGUAAAGGUUUUCCCCUUCUCCCCUGUGCCUAUGCUGCAGUUUGCCUCUUUGGAGGCAGAGCCACUGCAGUUCCUGACUGGCAGGUAUAGGCUGCUGCCAGUCUACUACCUCUUCCCUUUGGACUGGGCUGCCUGACUGGCAGGUAUAGGCUUUAGGUUGGGCUAUGCCAACGUUAUAACUUUUAUAUCACUUCCCGGUUUCUAAAGAACUGGCCUAGUUUUUGUAAAGAUGACCACAUUUUGUUUGUUUUAAAAACUACUGACCUACUUGGAGUUUGAAAUUGUUUCCAGUUAUAGAAUGAAAAUUACUUAUAUUUGCAAUACAGAGACUGGAGUGCUAUCAGUAGCUCCACCAACUCUUGAUAUCAUUGUCUUCUAGUAUGAAUCAAAUUGUAAGAGAGUUUUAAUCAGAUUUUUAUGUAUUUAUUACUAUGGUUUUUAACCCUUUUGUUGUCAGUGGUUGUAAAUUUUCAAUAAAUAUGAAAAUCAAUACAGAGUUUGCAAUGA